AUGUUAGUCAAUAUAUUUCUACAAACUGAACAUUAUUCUUUCUUUUCCUCUCUCUCUCUCUCUCUCUCUCUCUCUUUCUUUCUUUCUUUUCUUUUUUCUCUCUCUUUUUUCUUUUUCUCUCUUUCUUUUCUUUUUUCUCUCUUUUUCUUUUUCUCUCUCAUCUUUGUUUUCUUUCUCUCUCUCUUUUCUUUUCUAUCUUUUUAUAUUUUUCUUUUUUUUUACUUUCUUUUCUUCUUUUCUCUCUCUUUCUUGCUCUUUUCUUUUCUCUCUCUUAGAAUAAUUAUCUCUCUUUCUUUUUCUCCUUUUCUCUCUUUCUACUUUCUUUUCUUUUUUCUCUCUCUUUUCAUUUUUCUCUUUUUCUUUUUUCUCUCUCUGUUUUCUUUCUCUCUCUCUUCUUUUUUCUCUCUUUCUUGCUCUCUUUCGUUUUUCUAUCUCUCUCUCUCUUUCUUUCUUUUCUUUUUUCUCUCUAUUCUUUUCUUUUUCUCUCUCUUUCCUCUGUUUUUUCUCUCUUUUUCUUUUUCUCUCUCUUCUUUGUUUUCUUUCUCUCUCUCUCUCUUCUUUUUCUUUUUCUCUCUUUCUUUCUUUUCUUUUCUUUUUUGUCUCUCUCUCCUUUUCUUUUCUCUUUUUCUUCUCUUUUUUUUUCUUUUUUUUCUUUUUUUUUUCAUCUUUUUUUUAAAUUUCUCUUGCUCCUUUUUCUCUUCUCUUGUUUCUUCCUCAAUUUUCUUUUCUCUCUUCUUUUUUUUUUCUUUCUUUCUUCUUUUGUUUUUUCUAAAGCAUAUCUCUUUAUCUAUCUCAUCUUUUUCUCUUUCUCUAUUCUUUCUUUUUUUUUCCAUAUUUCUCUCCCUUUUACUUUUGUAUUUUUGA